GCUGCAAUGCACGGUCUAUUGCCCCGUUUCAGCGAAAGCAUUGCGAUCGGCCCCCAAUAUAAAAACAGCGACCGCAACGCAUCCGCUAUCCAGUCGGCCGCGGCCAUCACCAACCACCACUGCCUGCCGGACGCACACUCAAGGACAUGAGGCUUCUGAGGUAUUCAGCGCUGUGCGCACUCCUCCUGUUGGUGAGCGCUGAAGACAAGAAAGUCGAGGAGGGCCAAAAAGAGACCGCCGACAAGGCCGGACAGUCCACGGCAGCAGGCGGCGGGGAUUCACAAGCCGCAGAGGGGCAACACAAACAGGACAAAAGGGGCAUUGAACAUGGCUAUGGAGACUUCGGGGGAGGUUUUCAUGGAUUUCAUCAUUUUGGAGGUCACGAAUUCGGUGGAGGCGGUGGGGAUGAACACCAUCACCAAAUCCACGAAGAGAAGACAGUCACCGUGGUGAAACAUGUGCCAGAACCAUACCCCGUCACCAAAGAAGUACGUGUUCCAGUUGAGAAGAAGGUGCCUUAUCCUGUCAAGGUGCAUGUUCCUGCACCAUACCCAGUUGAAAAGAAGGUACCUGUACCAUACAAAGUAGAAGUCAAAGUACCAUACCCAGUCCACAAGCCAGUACCUGUAGAGAAGACUGUCCACGUUCCAGUCAAAGUACACGUAGACAAGCCGUACCCAGUAAAAGUACUCGAGCCACAGCCUUACCCAGUCGAAAAAGUCGUCCACGUUCCUUACAAAGUCCCAGUACCACAACCCUACCCUGUUGAAAAAGAAAUCCCUUACCCGUACAAAGUCCCCGUCCACGUACCAAAACCGUACCCAGUUGAAAAGAUCGUACACUACCCUGUGAAAGUACAUGUUGACAAACCGUACCCUGUCCAUAUUCCCAAGCCUGUCCCAUAUCACGUUGAGAAGAAGAUUCCUUAUCCAGUGUACAAGCCUGUUCCGUACCCAGUCAAAGUUGGAGUAGAACGGCCAAUACCUUAUCCAGUUGAGAAACCUGAACCUUAUGAAGUGAAAGUACCUGUUCCAGCACCUUAUCCUGUGAUAAAGAAGAUCCCGGUACCUGUUGAGAAGCCUGUACCAUACCCCGUUAAGGUGCCAGUAUUCAACCCAGUACCGGUGCACAUAGAAAAGAAAGUACCACAUGUGGUAGAGAAGCCAGUUCCGGUGCCGGUGAAGGUACCUGUGCCUGUACCUGUGAAGGAGGAGCACCACGAGCACUAUGAACACCAUGGUGGAUUCGAAGGAGGUCAAGAGCAGCACGAUUUCGGAGGACACGAUUUUGGAGGAGGUGAAGAGGGUGGCUAUGAAGGUCAUGAGUACCAUCAUUAGUGAUGACCUUGAGGUUUGUUAGCGUACUUUUAGGUUGUUUUCGAUCAGUAUUACCCGUGUUGCUUAUGUGAUUUUUGUUGAUACAGAUUUAAUUUUUAUAAUAAAAUGUGAUAAAACUUU